AUGUGCGGAAUCGUAGGAUGCCACCAUGUGCCAGAUGCAAAGGCCUUCAAGCCUACGGCUCUGAAGAUGGCUAAGCAGUGUCGCCAUCGUGGUCCAGAUUGGUCGGGAAGUUAUCUUGCCAACAACACAAUUCUUGCUCACGAGCGUCUGAGUAUUGUGGGCGUUGAGAGCGGAGCACAACCCCUCACCAACAAGGACGAGACUAUGGCAUUGGCUGUCAAUGGCGAGAUCUACAACCACAGACUCAUCCGGAAAGGGCUGAAAACUCCUUAUCAUUUCAAGACGCACUCAGAUUGCGAAGUCAUAAUACCACUAUAUAUGGAGUAUGGCAUUGAUGCGCCAAAACAUCUCGAUGGCAUGUUCUCGUUUAUACUAUACGACAAGGCCGAGGAUCGAAUAAUUGCUGCCCGCGACCCUAUUGGGAUCACAAGUUUCUACCAAGGAUGGUCCAGCACGAUGCCAGGGGCAGUGUUCUUUGCUUCUGAGCUGAAAUGUUUGUCUUUCGUUUGCGACAAGAUUAUUGCGUUCCCUCCAGGACACAUCUAUGACUCAAAGACCGAGAAGACGACGAGAUAUUUCGAACCAUCGUGGUGGGAUCCUACAAACGUUCCUACGACUCCACUCGACUACAAGGUUCUGAGGGAGACUUUGGAAAAGUCAGUACGGAAACGGUUGAUGGCCGAAGUUCCAUAUGGUGUCCUGUUGUCUGGCGGUCUUGACUCUAGUUUGAUCGCCUCGAUCGCGCAACGAGAAACUCUGCGGUUGAGAACCGCAUCGUUGGCACAACUUGAAAACGGAACUGCAUCACCGAAAGGCCCGGUGGAUGAAGACCACGGAGAGGGCUUGGUUGGCAUUGAUGAUGAGAACAAACUGUCGACCGUGACAUACCUACCCCAACUCAACUCAUUUUCCAUCGGGCUACCGAACGCUCCCGAUAGCAAAGCUGCAGGGGAGGUUGCCAAAUUCCUCGGGACCAAGCAUCAUGAUAUGACUUUCGAAAUCGAGGAUGGCCUCAACGCUUUGUCUGAUGUUAUUUACCACUUGGAGACAUAUGACGUUACCACGAUCCGCGCCUCAACCCCUAUGUUCUUGCUCUCAAGAAAGAUUAAGGCCAUGGGAGUCAAGAUGGUUUUGAGCGGAGAGGGCAGCGAUGAGAUCUUUGGUGGAUACUUAUACUUCCAUGGUGCGCCUGACAAGAAGGCUUUCCAUGAGGAGACCGUUCGCAGAGUUAAGAACUUGCACCUCGCGGAUUGCUUGAGAGCUAACAAGUCGACUUCGGCUUGGGGUCUCGAGGCUCGUGUUCCUUUCUUGGAUAAAGAGUUCCUGGAAGUGGCGAUGAACAUUGAUCCACAAGAAAAGAUGAUCACAAAAGACCGCCUCGAGAAGUACAUCCUCCGUAAGGCUUUCGACACUUCUGAUGAGCCUGAAGCCAAGCCAUACUUGCCAGACAACAUUCUUUGGAGACAAAAGGAGCAGUUUAGCGAUGGUGUGGGCUACGGUUGGAUUGAUGCGUUGAAGGACAACGCUGAACUCCAUGUUACUGAUGAAAUGAUGAAGAACCCCAAGCCUGAAUGGGGCAGCGAUAUCCCAGACACAAAAGAAGCCUACUGGUACCGAGUGAUGUUUGACGAGCACUACCCCCCAUACUGCGCCGAGACCGUCAUGAGAUGGACUCCAACAUGGUCGAAACAAACCGAUCCAAGUGGAAGGGCGAUUGAGAUCCACAACCAGAAAUACGACUAG